AUGCCUGCAAGGUCGCAGAUUGUGAGGGAGAAGUGGAAAAUUAAGACUCUUUCACCAAAGCACUUCUUUGAUCCACAGAUGCUUCUCUUCCUAACCCUAUUCGUUGCUAUUUUAGCAGCUGAUGAAAAAAUCGUCGAAGAUGCGGUUAAAGAGGAAUCCAAAGCACUGACUGGUCAUGCACUUGCUGAAUACAUGCGAACACAUCAAUCGUUGUUCGAAGUAGAAGAAUCAGAAGAGGUCAAUGAUCGCAUGAAAUAUUUGUUGCCGAAACAUUUCAUGGUUAAACCCAAGGAAGAGGAUCGAACCAAAAUACAACUCGAUAAAGAACCUCCGGAGAAAUUCGAUGCUCGUGAUGCCUGGCCCUACUGUAGAGAAAUAAUUGGCCACGUUCGUGAUCAGUCACGUUGCGGAUCCUGCUGGGCUGUCUCUGCUGCAUCAACCAUGUCAGAUCGACUUUGUGUUCAGUCUAACGGAAAAAUAAAGCUUCACGUGUCCGAUACGGAUAUUCUAGCAUGCUGUGGAGAAUUUUGUGGCGCCGGGUGUUCCGGAGGAUGGCCAUUCCAAGCAUGGAAAUGGGUUGGGAAAUAUGGUGUGUGCACGGGUGGAGAUUAUAGAGCUAAGGGUGUAUGUAAACCCUAUUCGUUUCAUCCAUGUGGUAAUCAUAAAAAUCAAGUAUAUUAUGGUGAAUGUCCGAAAGGAAGUUGGCCAACACCAAGAUGCGAACAGUUCUGUCGACGUGGUUACACCAAACCGUACAAAAAGGACAAAUUUUACGCUAAAAAAUCAUAUUGGCUCCCGAACGACGAGAAGGAAAUUCGCUUGGAUAUAAUGAAAAAUGGCCCAGUUCAAGCUGCUUUCGAUGUCUACGAGGACUUCAAACUUUACAAGAGAGGAAUCUAUAAGCACAAAGAAGGUAUUCAAACCGGUGGUCAUGCAGUCAAGAUUAUCGGUUGGGGAAAAGAGAAUGGAACAGAUUAUUGGCUGAUUGCGAAUUCUUGGAGCAAAGACUGGGGAGAAUCCGGAUUCUUCCGAAUGGUCCGCGGUGAGAACGACUGCGAAAUCGAGGAUAUGAUCACUGCCGGAAUCAUGAUAGUAUAG